AUAAUAAUAAAAUAAUAAUGAAAUCAUUUGAAUGUUUUAAGAAAUUAUAUUAACGAGUAAUGUGUGAUGACGCAAUGACGUACGUACGCCAGCCGGGGUCAAACGCGCGUUUUUUAAAAUGGAGAAACGGGCGCUCAGUGGUUCAGCGAAAAGAAAACAAAAGAAAACAAAAAGAAAGAUGCUGCUUUGGUGGAGCAAAUACCACCCACCUCAACAUUGUUCACCAGAAAACCGAGGCAGGAUGAUGGUACUCAAAACAGCGGAGCCAGGACGACACCUCACCGCUCAGACGACCAGCAGGAUGCUAACGCUGCUAGCUCAAGUUCGCCGGAGACGUUUGUUCGUGGUGAAGCGGCACCGCCUCCUAUGGACACCGUCCGGACCAGAACUACGGCGGACAGCAGCCUAAUGUGUACAUCGCCGUGAGACAGUAUCUGACGCUUCCUGUCACAAACUGCGAGGGAGAACGGUCUAUUCACAAAUGACCAGGAUAAAAAAUGAACCUCGGACAGAAAUGGCGCCUGAACAGUCUGUCACUCAUGGACAGAGAAGCCGAACUGGUCCGGGAGUUGGAGUUGGAUGACAUUAUCCAGGAAGAAGAUGAUGCAGCAGGUGUCAGUGCAGAAUUUAACUAUAUCUACAAAACACUUGGACAAGAUGUCAUCCUGCCCUGUGGCACAGCGUCACGCUCUGACUCAACAUGCUCCAUCAUUUCAUGGCUUUACGUUAGAGAUUUAUCUGAUACCAUUGCUGAGGUUGAAAAUGGAAAUGUUGAGCAGAGCUCAUCCCGAGCUGCCAGGCUGAGUCUGGACUCUUCCUGCUCUUUGCUCAUUAACAACAUCACUGCUGAGGAUACUGGUCGAUACACCUGUCGAGAGAGAGACGAUGAUAAUCAGGAUGUAAAUGCAAUUCUAAGUGUUCUGACAACUUCUUCAUCUCCACCAGAUGCUGAUCCAAAGAGGGAUGGUGACGUCACAAUACUGUGCUCUCUGUCGAGUUACAAUUAUGUUAGAUGUCAACGGAGCAACAUCAGAUGGGUGAAUGAGACAGGAGCUGUGCUGCCUGGUCAACGUUUCAGGCACAAUAUCCUCAGGCACUUUGACUGUACCUCUGUUCUCACUGUGAAGCGUCAGAGUGGUCACAACAGGAGAUACACCUGCCAGGUUGUUAAUCAGGGUAAAGUGAGGAUAAAGGCUGACUACACACCUGUGUUCACACGUGGAAUAGGAGACGAUGAGACAGAAAAAUCUGAUCCAGGACAGAAUAACGCCUACAUCAUCGGUGGGGUGGUCGGUGGAGUGAUUCUGCUCGCAGUCAUCGCUGCUGUUCUCAUCAGACUCAGGAAGAAAGCUGCAGUGACAGAGGAUGUUCAAAAACCAGUCCAACACACUGAUGAGGCCGACAGCAAUCUGACCUAUGUCACCGUGAGCCACGCUAAUCAGCGCACCUCUCCUAAGAAAAAGAAGGAGGAGGAGGUGACUUAUUCUACAGUCAAGACUUCAGCAAAGCCACACGAGGACAUCGAACUGAGCGCCCUCUACAGCACGGUCAACAAACCGAAGUAAAUCAGAAGAAAUGAGACCAUGAUGCAAUGCCAGUGAGUGUUACUGUUUUCAGUUUGUGUUGCUUUGCUGCUCAGGAUGAAGAUGCUUGUUCUAUUAACCUGCCCACUGAUGGUAGAAUGUGUAUUACUGAGCCAGCCCAUUAACCAGAAUCGGAGCAUGGUUGUAAUAGUAAAAGUUCUUAUUGCAAUAACUCAGCAGACGUUUGUCAUUUAUCUUGCAGCUGCAGAAAGCUGCAGAUUUCUUCUUGUGUUUCCAUUUUUCCAGAUCUGCCGAGCCAAUGUACAGUUUUGUUAUUAAUCAUUCAUCAUCAUCUUUCUCUAAUAGAUAUUUUAAUUUCUUUUAUUUUGAAUAUAUUACACGGUGCAAUCAUGCCCCUAUCUAGCAUUGUAUGGGUCGACUGUGAGCCUAAUGUCCAGUAGAGACAUUUUAUUUUGUUGUAAAUUUAGCUUGCAUUAGUUAUAUUCAUGUCAUAUUUCUUUUUUUUUUUGUGUGUUAAGUUUGUCAGCAUUAUGAAAUAAAUGUGACUCAAAUGGGAGUCAUUCUUCAUCUUUAAGAUUUAGGACUCUUCCUUUCACAUAUCUAAUAUCCAUGGUAACACAGUGUUAAACCUGUUCUGUUAUGUAGUGAAUUUAAAGGGAUUCCCACAAGACAGCUCUGUGGUUUCCUCACAGCGAACUCAGAGUGUUAUAAAAAUUAGGAUUACACUGGGAUCAGAUGUUUUAAUUCAUAUAGUGUGUGUAUCCUGUCUUUUGGCAUGUCUCGUGCCCUUCCCUUAGUUGGCCUCUGAUUUACUGAGGCUGGCAGGGAGAGAUAGUUAUAAAUCAACAGUACAAGGUUAGGUGAGACAGGCUAGGGAAGUACCAUGUGGAUAUAAAACAUAAUGCUCAUUACUGAGCAGAAAACCAAAAAAUAAUGUUAUGAUGUUAUCUGUAUCAGUGGGGAGGUGUCCGACACAUCCCAUUUUUUAAAAUUGUAUA